AUGCGAUUUCUGCUCGCCGCGUUCUCCGUCGGAAUCGUGGAUUCGAAAAACUUCGGCCACGGUUUUUUGCUCGCUUGCUCGAGGGCGGUUGGGCUGCCGUUCACGAUAUUUGCUGCGCAGCUUGUGCGAAGGGAAUUUGGGCGGGAGUUUGGGUCGGCGCUGUUGACGGCAGGAGACGAUCGGCGGUACGGACGAAAGGGCGUCGGCGUCUUCGCCGGAGUAGGGACGAGUGACGUCGCCGCCAUUACACUGAAAAACGGCGGCGGCAAUAGGCCAGCCCUCGCAGAAGGUCUGCUGAUUUUCUUCUUUUGGGAAAAUUAG